GGAAACGACGCUUCCGCUGUCACAGCGCGUGCGAGAAGUCAAAGGUCACCCAAGUUAGCUCAACUUCCGCUUCCUGGGUCUUGCUUGUUAUCAGAAAUCUUUGGAGUGUCGGCGAGCCCUCAAGCAAGCUUUUAGUGUUGAGGGGUCGACUGAGGCCCGCUGCUUCAGACAUGGCAGCCUCCACCGCAGCCGGAAAGCAACGCAUUCCCAAAGUGGCCAAGGUAAAAAACAAAGCCCCAGCUGAGGUACAGAUAACUGCUGAGCAGCUCCUAAGAGAAGCUAAAGAGAGAGAACUUGAGCUUCUUCCACCUCCACCUCAACAGAAGAUCACAGAUGAAGAAGAGUUAAAUGAUUACAAACUAAGGAAAAGGAAGACUUUUGAAGAUAAUAUAAGGAAAAACAGGACCGUGAUCAGUAACUGGAUAAAGUAUGCACAAUGGGAAGAAAGUCUGAAAGAGAUUCAAAGGGCUCGGUCUAUAUACGAGCGUGCUUUAGAUGUGGACUAUCGAAAUAUUACACUCUGGCUGAAAUAUGCAGAAAUGGAAAUGAAGAAUCGCCAGGUCAACCAUGCGCGAAAUAUCUGGGACCGGGCGAUAACAACUCUCCCACGAGUCAACCAGUUUUGGUACAAGUACACAUACAUGGAGGAGAUGUUGGGAAAUGUUGCUGGUGCCAGGCAGGUGUUUGAGCGCUGGAUGGAGUGGCAGCCCGAGGAGCAAGCCUGGCAUUCCUACAUCAACUUUGAGCUGAGGUACAAAGAGGUGGAUCGAGCCCGCACCAUCUAUGAACGAUUUGUCCUUGUACAUCCUGAUGUUAAGAACUGGAUCAAGUAUGCUCGCUUUGAAGAAAAACAUGGUUAUUUUGCCCAUGCCCGGAAAGUGUAUGAAAGAGCUGUUGAAUUCUUUGGAGAUGAACAUAUGGAUGAACAUCUUUAUGUUGCCUUUGCCAAAUUUGAAGAAAAUCAGAAAGAAUUUGAAAGGGUACGAGUGAUCUACAAGUAUGCCCUGGACAGAAUUUCAAAGCAAGAGGCCCAAGAACUCUUUAAAAAUUAUACAGUCUUUGAGAAGAAGUUUGGUGAUAGACGGGGUAUUGAAGAUAUCAUCGUGAGCAAACGGAGAUUCCAGUAUGAAGAAGAAGUGAAGGCUAAUCCACACAAUUAUGAUGCGUGGUUUGAUUAUUUACGCUUGGUGGAAAGUGACGCAGAAGCAGAAACCGUGCGAGAAGUCUAUGAAAGAGCCAUUGCCAAUGUGCCACCAAUUCCGGAGAAGAGGCACUGGAAGCGCUACAUCUAUCUUUGGGUCAACUAUGCACUUUAUGAAGAGUUAGAGGCAAAGGAUCCCGAGAGGACAAGACAAGUGUAUAAAGCCUCUUUGGAACUAAUUCCUCACAAAAAGUUCACAUUUGCCAAAAUGUGGUUGCUGUAUGCACAGUUUGAGAUAAGACAGAAAAAUUUACCAUUUGCCCGAAGCGCUUUGGGAACUUCCAUAGGCAAAUGUCCAAAGAACAAAUUAUUUAAAGGUUACAUAGAGUUGGAGUUACAGCUACGAGAAUUUGACAGAUGCCGAAAGCUUUAUGAAAAGUUCCUGGAAUUUGGACCUGAAAAUUGUACCUCUUGGAUUAAAUUUGCAGAAUUAGAGACGAUCCUUGGUGACAUUGAGCGAGCCCGGGCCAUCUAUGAGCUGGCCAUCAGCCAGCCUCGCCUGGACAUGCCAGAGGUGCUUUGGAAGUCAUAUAUUGAUUUUGAAAUUGAGCAAGAAGAAACUGAAAGAACACGAAAUCUUUACCGAAGAUUGCUUCAGCGGACACAACAUGUGAAGGUAUGGAUCAGUUUUGCUCAGUUUGAGCUGUCUUCAGGGAAAGAAGGAAGCUUGGCUAAAUGUAGACAAAUUUAUGAAGAGGCUAACAGAACCAUGCGAAACUGUGAAGAAAAGGAAGAGAGACUUAUGUUGUUAGAAUCUUGGAGAAGCUUUGAAGAUGAAUUUGGAGCCAUAUCUGAUAAGGAAAGAGUAGACAAACUCAUGCCAGAGAAAGUCAAGAAGAGAAGAAAGGUGCAGACUGAUGAUGGGUCUGACGCAGGCUGGGAAGAAUACUAUGAUUACAUCUUCCCAGAAGAUGCUGCCAACCAACCCAACCUCAAGCUCCUGGCUAUGGCCAAACUUUGGAAGAAACAGCAACAGGAAAAGGAGGCUGCUGAGCAAGAUCCAGAUAAAGACAUUGAUGAGAGUGAAUCCUGACGUUUUUUACAUAUUGAUAAAUGCUUUGUUUUUAUAAGUUUAAAUACUUUGAAACUUUUGUGACUCCUUUAAGUUUCUGUAUAUUUCACCUGUAAUGAAUUGGCUGGAAUCUUUGACAGCACUUUUUUAAUCAUUUCAGAAAUGCUCUUAGGUUAGGGGUGGGGAUUACAAGUGAAGGAAUAUUUUAAUUUCUGGAUUUCUUCACCUGACUGACACCAAACUUUCCUAUUUAGUUUGUCCAUGCCACGCAGUGUAAAAUCUAAUUAAGGUAACA